AUGACCGACUCAUCCCCGAUGGUGCCAACUAAGGCCCAUGGCAAACGCAUUCGGGAUGACAAGGCCCACCUCAAGAGCAGGCUGAGCGAUGCUGCUUUCAACCCAACUCGCUACCCCGAUCCCCUGGAAGCUCGUCCGUCACCAGAUCCCAAGUCCAAGGUGCCAGAAGGCGUGACGGCCGAGAUGACGCAGAGCUGGUUGGAUGCGAUCAGAAAGGCCAAGGCGCAGCGGGCUUCGUCAUAG